AUGUCAUCUCAAACUAAGUUCAAGAAAGACAAAGAGAUCAUAGCUGAAUAUGAGACCCAAGUCAAAGAAAUCCGGACUCAGUUGGCUGAGCAGUUUAAAUGCCUGGAGCAACAGUCGGAGUCAAGGCUGCAGUUGCUGCAGGACCUCCAGGAGUUCUUCAGAAGGAAAGCAGAGAUUGAGCUUGAGUAUUCUCGCAGCUUGGAGAAAUUGGCUGAGCGUUUCUCCUCCAAGAUCCGAGGCUCUCGAGAGCAUCAGUUCAAGAAGGAUCAAUACCUCCUCUCUCCUGUGAAUUGUUGGUAUUUAGUGCUGAACCAGACCCGGCGUGAGAGUAGGGACCACGCUACCCUCAAUGACAUCUUCAUGAACAAUGUCAUCGUCCGCCUCUCCCAAAUUAGUGAGGAUGUUAUCAGGCUCUUCAAAAAGAGCAAGGAAAUUGGGUUACAGAUGCAUGAAGAGCUGCUGAAAGUGACCAAUGAGUUAUAUACGGUCAUGAAAACCUAUCACAUGUAUCAUGCAGAGAGCCUUAGUGCUGAGAGCAAGUUAAAAGAGGCUGAGAAGCAAGAGGAGAAGCAGUUCAACAAAUCGGGGGACCUUGGUAUGAAUCUGCUCCGGCACGAGGACCGGCCCCAACGCCGGAGUUCUGUCAAGAAGAUGGAGAAGAUGAAGGAGAAGAGACAGGCCAAGUACUCGGAGAAUAAACUGAAGUGCACCAAGGCCCGGAAUGACUAUUUGCUGAACCUCGCGGCCACCAAUGCAGCCAUCAGCAAAUAUUACAUCCACGACGUCUCUGAUCUGAUUGACUGCUGUGAUCUGGGCUUUCAUACCAGCCUGGCCCGAACCUUCAGGACCUACCUCUCAGCUGAAUAUAACCUGGAAACCUCUCGCCAUGAGGGGCUGGAUGUCAUAGAAAAUGCAGUGGAUAACCUAGAUGCAAGGAGUGACAAGCACACAGUCAUGGACAUGUGUAACCAGGUCUUCUGUCCGCCCCUCAAGUUUGAGUUCCAACCCCAUAUGGGGGAUGAGGUGUGUCAAGUGAGUGCCCAACAGCCAGUCCAGACAGAGCUGCUCAUGCGCUACCACCAGCUCCAGUCUCGGCUAGCCACCCUCAAGAUAGAGAAUGAAGAGGUCCGUAAAACCCUGGAUGCUACCAUGCAAACCCUGCAGGAUAUGUUGACAGUGGAGGACUUUGAUGUCUCUGAUGCCUUCCAACACAGUCGAUCCACGGAAUCAAUCAAGUCUGCUGCGUCUGAGACUUACAUGAGCAAAAUCAACAUUGCGAAGAGGCGAGCCAACCAGCAGGAGACCGAAAUGUUUUACUUUACGAAAUUUAAAGAAUAUGUGAAUGGCAGUAACCUUAUCACCAAGCUCCAGGCUAAGCAUGAUUUAUUGAAGCAGACCCUUGGAGAAGGUGAAAGAGCAGAAUGUGGCACCACAAGGCCCCCAUGUCUUCCCCCUAAACCACAGAAAAUGAGGAGACCUAGGCCUCUCUCAGUGUAUAAUCAUAAACUCUUUAACGGCCGUAUGGAAACGUUCAUUAAGGAUUCAGGGCAGGCUAUACCCCUGGUGGUGGAAAGCUGUAUCCGCUACAUCAAUUUAUAUGGUCUCCAACAGCAAGGGAUCUUUAGAGUGCCUGGAUCGCAGGUUGAAGUCAAUGACAUUAAAAAUUCCUUUGAGAGAGGUGAAGAUCCCCUGGCGGAUGACCAAAAUGAAAGGGAUAUUAAUUCAGUGGCUGGAGUCUUAAAGCUGUAUUUCCGAGGACUGGAAAACCCACUCUUUCCCAAGGAAAGGUUUCAAGAUUUGAUAUCCACAAUUAAAAUGGAGAGCCCUGCAGAGAGAGUGCAUCUGAUCCAGCAGAUUCUUGUCACCUUGCCCCGAGUGGUCAUCGUGGUCAUGCGAUAUCUCUUCGCUUUUCUCAACCACCUGUCCCAAUAUAGCGAUGAGAACAUGAUGGAUCCCUACAACCUGGCCAUAUGCUUUGGGCCAACCCUCAUGCAUAUCCCAGAUGGACAGGACCCCGUGUCAUGCCAGGCUCAUGUCAAUGAAGUCAUCAAAACCAUCAUUGUCAAUCAUGAGGCCAUCUUCCCCAGCCACAGGGAACUGGAGGGGCCAGUAUAUGAGAAGUGCAUGGCUGGAGGGGAAGAAUAUUGUGACAGCCCACAUAGCGAACCAGGGACAAUUGAUGAGGUUGACCAUGACAAUGGCACGGAGCCUCAUACCAGUGAUGAUGAAGUAGAGCAGAUUGAAGCCAUUGCCAAGUUUGACUAUGUGGGACGAUCUCCCCGAGAGCUGUCCUUUAAAAAGGGGGCUUCGCUCCUCUUGUACCACCGAGCCUCUGAAGACUGGUGGGAAGGCCGGCACAAUGGAGUGGAUGGACUCAUCCCCCAUCAGUACAUCGUUGUGCAAGAUAUGGAUGAUGCGUUCUCAGACAGCCUGAGUCAGAAGGCUGACAGUGAAGCCAGCAGUGGGCCCCUGUUGGAUGACAAAGCUUCUUCCAAGAACGACCUCCAGUCCCCCACAGAACACAUCACUGACUAUGGAUUUGGGGGAGCAAUGGGCCGAGUACGGUUGAGAUCAGAUGGGGCUGCCAUUCCCCGCCGCCGGAGUGGGGGUGACACACACAGCCCACCUCGGGGCCUGGGUCCAGGGAUAGACACCCCACCUCGAGCAGCUGCCUGCCCCAGCAGCCCCCACAAAAUCCCCCUCAACCGAGGCAGGAUCGAGAGCCCUGAGAAGCGGAAGAUGGCAACCUUCGGAAGCGCCGGCAGCAUCAACUACCCGGACAAGAAGGCCCUCUCCGAUGGGCACCCGCUGAGGUCGACCUGCGGCUCCACGCGGCACAGCAGCCUCGGGGACCACAAAUCUUUGGAGGCUGAAGCCCUGGCAGAAGACAUCGAGAAGACCAUGAGCACCGCCCUCCACGAGCUUCGAGAGCUUGAAAGACAAAACACCGUCAAGCAGGCUCCAGAUGUGGUCCUGGACACUCUAGAGCCCAUGAAGAACCCACCCCUGGGCUCCGUUAGCUCAGAACCUGCCAGCCCCUUGCACACCAUCGUCAUCCGAGACCCAGACGCCGCCAUGCGCCGCAGCAGCAGCUCCACCACCGAGAUGAUGACGACGUUCAAGCCCGCGCUGUCGGCUCGGCUGGCCGGUGCCCAGCUCCGCCCCCCGCCCAUGCGGCCCAUCCGCCCCGUCGUCCAGCACCGAUCCAGCAGCAGCAGCAGCUCGGGAAUGGGCAGCCCCGCGGUGACCCCCACCGAAAAGAUGUUCCCCAACAGCUCCACCGACAAGUCGGGGACCAUGUAGUGCCGGAACGCUGCCGCAACCGAGUUGUCGCCUCCAGGGCAGCCCCCGGGGCGGGGAUGUCUUUUGGUAUCGGGAGAAGAAAAAUGGUCCAAAGACGGCUUAAGCAGGGAAGGUGUGCGGAGCGUUAAGGUGGAGGGUGUUGGUCGCCAUCUGUAUUUAUCUAUUUGCAGAAACGGAUAGACAUAGAGUGUGUGUAUAUACGCAUCGGCUGUGUACAUACACCGGAGUCACCUGAACAGAAGCUUUUCCUAAGAUUUCGGCAAAGUGUAAAAAGGCUUUCUCUGCAUAUUGUCACUGGAAAUUAUUCUAUAUAUAUAUAGAUAUGUACGUAUGUGUCUGUGGGUGUGUAUAUAUAUAUACAUAUUUAUGCAUCUAUAUACAUAUACUAUAUGUGUAAACACACAUACCAAGUGUAUAAAGCAUCAUGUUCCUUUUUAUGAAAAUUAGAUUUACCUCAGACCUGUGCCACUAAACAUCUCCCGUAGAGUGGUUGGGUUGGAUUCAUGGGGCCUCUCGGGGAGAUCUGGGGGAGAUCCGGGGGGCACGCAGCAACUGUGCAUGAAGCAAUAGAAAAAGAGAACCUUUGGAGGUUUCCCUUCCGUGGAAAUGGGCAUCUCGAGAGACUGCGGUGUCCCUUCUGGAACCGUCUAGCUCAGAAAGGAGACAGCAACACCACCGGCACGCGGGCUAUGCUCUAUCCUUGUUUCCAGCCUCGAAAGACUCCCGGUAAUCCCCAAGAGGGAGAAGGGUCAGCCAUCUGCCGUGAAGGUAUACUAGAGAUGGACAAUAAGAACCUGCCACCCACCCCCAACCACCAAACCCUUGUAUUUGUGUGUAGAAAAAGGGGAUUAUAAAUUACCUAAGCCGAAA